AUGGCAACUUUACCCAAGAUCACUCCCAGCUGUACCCCAUGCACAGCCUCAUCAGCAGCAUCUUACAGGCCCUACCCACCUCCUGAGCUGACUUCAACAUGGAAUCAGACCAAGUUUCCAAAAAGGAUCAAUCCCUUGGCCCCACCCUACCCUCAGAAGCGGAUCAAUUCGAGCUGGGAGACUAUUCCUCAACACUGGCAUAACGAGAAGCGUCGGACAAUGAUGCAGCAGAAAGAACAUGAACGAUACCACUCUGCCUGGUCUAUACCUUUCUAUGGAAAACCUGCAGAUAAAGAGGCUUAUAGACGGCACUUCAGGGAAGUUCUGAAACAGCAGAUGGCAGACCUUGCUAACAGAAACCAGAGUGAGUUCAAGGCCAGGACUCAGGAGAGUCACCUUGCUGUAGAGUACGACAGGCAGUGCAAGGUGAAAGACCUUCAGGAGCUUGUCAACAAGUUCAGCUACCUGAAGCGGUUUAGAGAUGAGAACAAAGUGUGUAUGGAAGAGGCCUGGCAGAGAGCACGUAUCAACAAAGCCAAGACAGAUAAAUAUGAGAGGGAGAUACUGAGGUACAACCCCAUCAACUGGAGUGGGACACUCACUUGA